UCAUACCUUAUUUACAAAACUGGCGCGAGCAUGAGGGCCACAUUUUAACUAGGAAUUUAGUUGAAUUAACGCUUCUCGUUAAAUACUAAGAUAAGGCAAGCAACUCUGGCAGGCCACUUAUGUAAAGUAGUAAGGUUUGUAACGUUUACCCGAGGGAUUCAACAAUCGUUUGUGCAGAUUUCUCAAAAUCGGACCAUGAGUAAAUAUAAAGUGCUUUCUUGCAAUUUGGUCUGUCCCAACAACACGCAUGAUCCGAUCCCCCUGCCCCAUGGACAGAGCGUGCAAAUCGGGCGCAGUCCACAGACCCGUAUCAUGGACCCGAGGUCUUCCAGAAACCAGGUGGAAGUAAUUGCUGACUGGAAGAAAGAGUCUGUCAAAGUGACACAGAUUGGUAACAACUCUUCAGCGUUAGAUGGUAUCGAACUAGAGAAGGGGAGACAAUGCAAACUGGAAGAAGGAGCCACAAUUUAUGUUUUAGCCGGUCAGUAUCCACAGAAAGUAGAAUUUGUGAAAGAAAAAAUACCAAAUUCAAACAUCCAUUCAGAAAAAUCUAAUAGUACAAUGCAUUCAAAGAAAAGACCUGCUUCCGACAAUGGACAUAAUAACAACAACAGCAAAAAAGCCAGACUGUCAAAUGCAGUGGCUGUGAAACCCGAAUCCAGCAGUGAAGAGGAGGAGCAAGUGAAAGCUGUUGAGGAGAAAUUAAAAAUGAUGAAAAAAUCUCCAAAAAAGCAUCAAGAAAAAAAGACAUCAAAUUCUAAGCAUUCAACUUUAAAUACAAAUCAAACUCCUUCUACUUCAAAGUCUUUCUCACCAGGUAGUUCUAAGUGUGAUGAAAAAUCUGUGAAAAAGGGAGUUAACGCCUUAGGUCCACCGAAAGAGGAGUCGAAGUGGGAAUACCAUGAUAAACUGUAUGUGUACACUGGGAAAGGUGUAAGAGCUAGUUCAAAGAUAGCAGGGUUUGACAUUGACGGAACCAUCAUCACAACAAAAUCGGGACGGGUCUUUCCAAAGGACAACGCAGAUUGGAAAAUCCUAUACCCAGAAGUUCCUGGCAAGUUAAAGAAACUCCAUGAACAAGGCUACAAAGUUGUCUUAUUCACUAAUCAGAAAGGUGUUGAGAAAGGGAAGACAUUGAUAGAAGAUCUGCAGCAGAAGUUUACUGCCAUGCUCAAACUGAUGGGAGUCAGCGCUCAGAUCUUAAUAUCCACUGGAGAUGGAGUAUACAGAAAACCCUGUCUGGGCAUGCUCAAAUUUCUGCGGGACAGGGGAAAUGAAGACGUUCCCGUGAGCAUAACUGACAGUUUCUAUGUUGGAGAUGCUGCUGGUCGCCCAGCCAAGUGGGCACCAGGUAAAAAGAAGGACUUCUCCUGCAGUGACAGAAUGUUUGCAAUGAAUGCUGGACUGAAGUUCUACACUCCGGAGGAAUACUUUCAAGGCCAAGCCAAGGCUAAAUAUGAAAUGCCAGAUUUUGACCCGAGGAAGGUUACCAGUGGCGACUGUCUCACAGACCCAGCUGAUGCUAAAGUUGUCUCCCCUUCUCAAGAGAUGGUGAUACUGGUUGGAUUUCCUGCAUCUGGAAAGUCCUUUUUCUCCACUUCACACUUGUUACCAAAGGGUUACAUUCAUAUCAACAGGGACACCCUUGGGACGUGGCAGAAGUGUGUGUCUGUGUGUACUAAGUCACUGAAUGAGGGCAAGAGUGUUGUCAUAGACAACACGAACACUGUCAAGGAACAGCGACAAAGAUAUAUCCCGUUAGCAAAGAAAGCUGGUAUUCCGUGCAGAUGUUUUGUUUUCACUGCCUCCCUGUAUCAGUGUCGCCACAACGAAAAGUAUCGUGAAAUGGUGGACAAGAAACACAAAACUAUCAGCGACGUUACGAUGAACACUAUGAGGUCCAAAUAUGAAGAACCAGAGAAUGGAGAAGGUUUCAGUGAAAUCGUAAAAAUCAACUUUGUGCCCAAUUUUGAAAAUCCUCGACAUGAAAGAUGGUACAAAAUGUUCCUUGUUGAGAAAUAGAAGAUUCUGGUUACAUGAUGGAGCCAGACCAAGUGCCUAGUUUCUUAACAGCCUUAUAAAUGCAUUUUACCAUCAAUAAGCCCAUGCCAGGAUAUAAGCCCAGCUCACGGUUUGAUUUUUCAUACCAUGGUCAUAUGUGGAAAUAAGCCAUUCUGUACAAACAAGUGAAGUAAGGUUCAGGAAUAAACUUUGCGUUUAUUUUUCUCUCAUCCUUCUGGGCUUACCAGGUAAAAUUAUAUACAGUAUAGCAUGUAAGCUUUUAAAUUGGUGACUAAUUUUAAAUUUUAAAAAAUGAAAAAACUCCAUGUCUUUUUAUGCAUGGACAAGAAAAAACCCAUUUCAAAACAUGUUUAACUUUUAUCAAAACAAUGCUUUUGUAUAAAAGCAAUUUGAUAUUAGGAACACAUUACAAGUGGGAAUUUUACUUGCAAUGUAGCGUUAGAUGUGAUCACUUUAGUUUCAACUGGACCUGGUAUCUUAGUAUAUACCGUAAUUGACCUAAUAAGGGUGCAGGGCGUGUGUAAUUGAGAGAAGUGGCACCCUUAUUGAGUAACAUUUAUCUAGAAUUUUCUGCUUCAUAUUGAAUACAUGUACUACACAAAUAUUCAAGGUGACUAGUGCUGGUUUUUAUUUUUUUCAGAAAAAGGGUGGGGCACCCUUAUUAGGGCAUUCACUUUUAUUAGGUUAAACAUGGUUAAUGUAACAUAGGGGUACAUUCGCGUUACCGGUUGAAACGGUUGAACCGGUUGAACCUGUAAAGAAAACGACAGGUACAGAUUUGGACCG